GAGGUUUUCAGACCUCUGUCUGGUUGGAAGUUGGACUGGAAGCCUUGGGGCGCUGGGUCCAAAGGGGGUGCUCUUCCUUGGACAGCCUCCACCACAGGGUUAGUUAGGCUGGUCUAUUCUCGCUUCUCACAAAGUCUAGCAACUCAGAGUGAGGAGACUAGUAUCAGAGGGGCUGUUCCUACCUCUAUGUGUGAUCUGGAGUUGGCGUUUCCCUUCUUGGGCCUCAGUUUCCCUAGAGUAAGAUGGGGGUGGUGAACCACAGAGUGUGGAUAAGGCCCCGAGAGGUUCUUCUGAGAGUCAUGACUUUCUGGUACUUGCCAGGCUUAGCACAGUGCUUGGAUGGGCCUGUGGCUAGAAGUUUGUAGGGGUCCUGGGUGAAGUUCAGGUGAAAUUCCUCUGCACCCCAAAAAGCCCAGGUGGUGACAGUCUCUCUGGACCUGUGGCGUCUUGGACUGCCUUUGGUCCUGAGCCUGGCUCCCAGGCCCAGGGCCUGUGCUGAGGACGAACACAGUGCCCAUCCUGGAGCCAGGGAGCAUGAUGGCCUGAAACCCUUGGGUCUGAGGAGGGCUGUUGCGCUGAGUUGGCCUUGGUGUGCUUUGGUGUAGAUGGGCCAGUGGUCCCCAGGAGGGCCCAAGUCCAGGCCUGCAUGUCGAGUCAGAGAUUGUGGUGGCCUUCAUUCAUGCUUGUCUUCCCUCCCCACCAACCAGACGAGACCCUCCGCUCUUUGGCCAGCCCUUCCUCCCUGCAGGGCCCCGAGCUCCACGGCUGGCGCCCCCCAGUGGACUGUGUCCGGGCCAAUGAGCUGUGUGCGGCGGAAUCCAACUGCAGCUCCCGCUACCGCACGCUGCGGCAGUGCCUGGCCGGCCGGGACCGCAACACCAUGCUGGCCAACCGGGAGUGCCAGGCGGCCCUGGAGGUCUUGCAGGAGAGCCCGCUCUAUGACUGCCGCUGCAAGCGCGGCAUGAAGAAGGAGCUGCAGUGCCUGCAGAUCUACUGGAGCAUCCACCUGGGGCUGACCGAAGGUGAGGAGUUCUACGAAGCCUCACCCUACGAGCCAGUGACCUCCCGCCUCUCGGACAUCUUCAGGCUUGCUUCAAUCUUCUCAGGGACGGGGGCAGACCCGGCGGUCAGCGCCAAGAGCAACCAUUGCCUGGACGCUGCCAAGGCCUGCAACCUGAACGACAACUGCAAGAAGCUGCGCUCCUCCUACAUCUCCAUCUGCAACCGCGAGAUCUCACCCACCGAGCGCUGCAACCGCCGCAAGUGCCACAAGGCCCUGCGCCAGUUCUUCGACCGGGUGCCCAGCGAGUACACCUACCGCAUGCUCUUCUGCUCCUGCCAAGACCAGGCGUGUGCCGAGCGCCGCCGGCAAACCAUCCUGCCCAGCUGCUCCUACGAGGACAAGGAGAAGCCCAACUGCCUGGACCUCCGCAGCCUGUGCCGGACGGACCACCUGUGCCGGUCCCGGCUGGCGGACUUCCACACCAACUGUCGAGCCUCCUACCGGACCCUUACCAGCUGCCCUGCCGACAAUUACCAGGCGUGUCUGGGAUCCUAUGCUGGCAUGAUUGGGUUUGACAUGACCCCCAACUACGUGGACUCCAGCCCCACGGGCAUUGUGGUGUCCCCCUGGUGCAGCUGUCGAGGCAGCGGGAACAUGGAGGAGGAGUGUGAGAAGUUCCUCAGGGACUUCACCGAGAACCCGUGCCUCCGGAACGCCAUUCAGGCCUUCGGCAACGGCACAGAUGUGAACGUGUCCCCCAAGAGUCCCUUACUCCCGGCCACCCAGGCCCCAAAGGUGGAGAAGACUCCUUCUUUGCCAGAUGAUCUCAGUGAUAGCACCAGCCUGGGGACCAGCGUCAUCACCACCUGCACCUCUGUCCAGGAGCAGGGACUGAAGGCCAAUAACUCCAAAGAGUUAAGCAUGUGCUUCACAGAGCUCACGACCAACAUCAUCCCAGGGAGCAACAAGGUGAUCAGACCUAACUCAGGCCCCUGCAGAGCCAGGCCGUCGGCGGCCUUGACCGCGCUCCUGCUCCUCUUGCUGAAGUGGGCCUUGUAGGCCCUGGGGACGCGUCUCAAGAUCUCCACCGACGGCACAGAGGACAGCUCCCGCCGGGCAAAGUGGAACCGCUCCCAGACACACACACACCCCUUGCAAAAAAUCCCCCCACCUUGUCUCUGAACCUGUCUCCUCCCAGGUUCCUUCUCUGGAGAAGUUUUUCUAAACCAAACAGACCAGCAGGUGGGGAGCCUGAGGGCUGCCCAGAGGUCCCCUGGCUUCAGGGACACUCGGCCCUGAGGGGCACAAGGCUCUAGACAUGCCCUUCACUGUCUCCUGGUGUUUUUCUCUCUGGACCCUUCUGCAGUAAGAGACCAAGCUGAGACCCCCACUGCCGAAGGGACUUGUGCUGUGCCCAAUGCAGGCUGGGGACAGGACAGUGGCAACUGCUCUGGAGCUGCCCACUCUGGGGACCUGCUGGGGGACCAGCCGAGGGCAUCUGUCAGGGGGAAAUGGAGCUGGCCACAUGCCUCCAGUUGGGCCCUGUCAGCCCUCCCCUUGGCUUCAAGGAUGGAGAUGGCCUGUCCUCCCCCACUGCCCUCAGGGUGGGUCUGUGUGUGCGUGGAGCCCCGUGGCCGCGCUGGGUCCUCCUGGCUGUAGGGCCUGGGCCUCUCGGCCUGCCUGGGAGUUCCCCUGCGGGGAGGGAGCAAACUCUGGGCACCAGGAAGCCGCUUCCUCCUUGGUGGCAGGAAUUUUGAAGUCAAAGAGAAAUGAUGCUUCGGUGGCUUCUCGGUUUCUUGUGGGUCCAUUUGGCGGGCCUUCCCCUUGGGGACCGCUGAAGGGGGCAGAAGAGGCCACAGUUGGACGUGGUCUCGAGCUUGCUGCUCCUCUCUCCUGCCCCUCCAUUUCCACCCUCUUUCCUCAUUCCCGAGACAUCGUCAGCGCUGUCCCUUCUCUCCACGUGUGUAUAUACAUGUCCACGUACCUAUAUCCUGUGCUUUCCUUUUUCUUUCCUUUUUUUAAGAAACAAAACUAUCGAAAUAAUACCCCACAGAUGAGCGAAAAUGUAUUAUUGUAAAGUUUAUUUUUUUUAAUAAUGUUGUCUAUAAAGGAAAAACAGGAAAUCGACCUGGGAGCCCCGCUGCAGUUGGGCUCGCGGGCCGUGGCCGGGACUCCUGAUGCGCAUCACGCUUAACCAAGGCUCCAAUAAAAUACUAGGAAGCAAA